AUGCACACGUUUUCUAAACUUUCGACGACGAGUUCUGCUGCUAAAGCCUCUCAAGGACAGGGGGUGGAUAAGGUGAAUGAGAAUGCCAAUGCGAAGAAGAAUGGCAGUGAUCCGAAGAAGUCUUCCCAGAAGCAGCAGAAAAACCAGCGCCCGGUGGUGCCGUUUGGAAGAAAAGAUCGUAUUUUGUUGGUUGGAGAAGGCGAUUUCUCCUUUGCUCGCUCAUUAGUCCUUCAACACCGCUGCAAGAAUGUCUUGGCUACAUGUUACGAUUCCAAAGAAUCGCUCUACGGCAAAUACCCUAAAGCGGAGCACAAUAUCCACGAUAUCUUGGAUGCCUCUUUAAAAAGGACAACAUAUGCGGAUGUUCUGGGCAGUAAGGAUAAUUCAACCAAGGGCAGUGACGAAGGAUUGAACAGCGAAGAUGACAUUGAAAAGCAUGACGCACAAGACUCCAUUGAAAACCAAACUCAAAGUCGUGGCCCGAAAGUCCUUUAUGCUGUUGACGCUCGAAAACUCGGUCUUCCUGCGGGAGGUGGGAAAGAAAUCCGUACUGGCUUUUCACGGCGGGAGCGUAAACGCCCGGCAUGGAAGGAGGCAAAGAACGGUGUAUCGUCUUCUGCAUCACAGGGCGGGUCCUGGGAUGUGAUCUGCUUCAACUUUCCUCACGUCGGCGGUCUCUCCACCGAUGUCAACCGGCAGGUGCGCGCCAACCAAGAACUUUUGGUGGCGUUCUUCAAAGCGUGUGUGCCCUUGCUGUCGCAUCGUCCUGAAAUUGCGGGCAGUGACGAUGAGGAGGAUUGGGACAACUGGGAGAAUCCCGACAUUGAGACAAGCCAAGACGAAGGCGACGGCGAUGGGGAGAGCAACCAACUGCGGUCGGCAAAUACCACUGGUCAGGCGACAUGCUGUACCAGAAUCGAACCCGGCCAGAUCCUAGUUUCAAUGUUCGAGGGGGAGCCUUAUACCCUCUGGAAUAUCAAAGAUCUUGCAAGGCACGCUGGCCUGCGGGUGAUCACCAGUUUCCGAUUUCCGUGGGCUUGCUAUAAGGAGUACUCACAUGCGCGGACCCUGGGCGACAUUGAGGGAAAGCACGGGGGAAGAGGUGGCUGGCGAGGUGAAGACAGGGACGCAAGAAUGUAUGUAUUCGAGGUCAAACAGGAAGACCAUCCAGUAGGGAGGAGGAACGUCCCGUCCUCCAAACUCGAGACUAGUGCGAGAAAGAAGAGGUCAAGGGACGCGUCCGACAGUGACGACAGUGAAUAG